UUCGGUAAUUUCCGCUUGCUCUCCUUCCUGUGUUGAGCCCCCGUCCCCAGUAAAGACACUCGGAGGCCAUUAUCCUGCAACCAUUUUCUUUUCUUUCAAACCUGAAGAAAAAUAAAUCGUUUUUAUAAAUCAAUUAUUUAUUCGUGCGAGCUGACCAAGCGCUCGUUGGAAACCUGCACCUUUACAAAUCGUGAGGGACGCGCACCUCGCCUCGACGAACCUUCGGAUAAUUUCGGCUGCUUUCGUGCGCCGCUGUUUUGAAAUGGACGCGACUGAACCGGCGGCGAAGGCACUCGAGCUGGGCGACGCGUCUGAGAGCGCGUCUGCGGGAGAGGCGGUAGGCUCGGAUACCGAGUCGGAGGCCGAAGUCGCCACGAUGACUGUGAUGGGAGAAGCGGGAAACAUCGACAUCACCGAAUCCCUACCGAACCCAGAAGAUGCCGAAGCGGCGUUCGCGGAGGUGACAGCCGUCACUGUUGGGGACGUCCAGAGUUCAGAUGGCACUGUGUUCACAUCUUCAGUAAACCCAGCAGCGUCCAUCCCUGAACACGUGCUCACCGGCAGAACCACGCUUCAGAUCGGAGACAGUCUGAGUACCCAGAAGGCCACGCUGAUCGUGGUGCACACGGAUGGGAGCAUCGUAGACGCCACAGGGCUGAAAGGCACCGCAACACCGAUGACACCUGGUCCUCAAACCCCGAGCACCCCUCUGACGUCUGGACACGAUAAGGACGUCUCUAAGUACAACUGGGAUCCGUCGGUUUACGACAACGAGCUCCCGGUGCGCUGCAGGAACACCAGCGGGAUUCUGUACAAAAGCAGACUGGGCUCAGGGGGCAAAGGGCGCUGCAUCAAACACAACAAUAACUGGUACACCCCGACAGAGUUUGAGGCUAUGUCAGGAAGAGCGAGCAGCAAAGACUGGAAGAGAAGCAUCCGCUACGCUGGCCGACCUCUACAGUGUCUCAUUCAGGAGCGUAUCCUGAACCCUCAUGCAGCGUCCUGUACGUGUGCGGCCUGCUGUGAUGAUCUGUCAACAGUGAGUGACACGUGUACGAAGGACGGAUGUUUUGAAGGAGAGAACAUCUCUAUGACGGGCCCCGUCAGACUGUUCGUCCCUUAUAAAAGAAGGAAGAAGGACAGCGAGCGGGCAGCUUCUCCUGAGAAGAAGGAAGUUCAGUCUCCAAAGAACAUCACCCUGGCUCCUGGAGCAACGUUUACAAUGACUCCGUCCGGACAGAUCACCACAUCAGGCACGCUGACCUUUGACCGAACGGCUUCAGGAGAGACGACGGCCAUCAUCUCCGACAGCCCUGCGCCCGCUGACGUCUUCACCAACACAACCGUGUUGGCCACCCUUCCUGCGCUGGCGGUGGUCCCUCAGCAGGCCGUGGUGCAGUCUAAACCCUCUCCGGCAGGGCCGCUCAUGAACGGGCUGGAGAUGGCCGAGCAGCGGACGUGGCUUUACCUGGAAGAGAUGGCCAACACGCUGCUCAACAACGUCCAGCAACUCAAAGUGCUCAUCGCACAGGCCAAACAAGCCAGUCAGAGCGCCAUCAGCGUCAGGAAAGAGUCCUUUCAGAGUCAGCUGUCACUCAGUGAAGAACCUGAGGGGAAAAUCACUGAAAUUAUCAUUAAGCACACGUGUGUGAACUGCGGUCGAGAGGCGUCCAGUGAGUGUACAGGCUGCCAUAAAGUCCAUUACUGCUCGGGCUUCUGUCAGCGGAGGGACUGGAAGGAACAUCAGCUGAGCUGCUGUCCGGCGGGAUCGACCGUCAGCAUUCAGGAGGACACUCAGAUGGUCGGCGUGGAGGUGGAGAAAGGGAAAGCCUAGCGUCCUCACUGCAGGACCGUGAUGUAUGAAGUUUAGAUGGGUGAUCGCUUCCGCUCAUGUGUUUUAGUUUAGCUCUUAAGCCUCAUAGUAACAGCUCCUUACACACUGGGAGAUAUAAAGCUCAUAAUUUCCAUAAAAAUAAGACAUAAAAUUACCAGUUUGUAAGCUCUUAAAUGGAGGUGGAGGGGGGGGGGUCUCUGUGUUGUAGCUCUCAAAUCUAUGAAAACUUGUUUCCGCCAUGGGAAAUAAAAUAAAACAGAGAAUUGUGACUUUUUAUCUCACAAUUCUGAGGAAAAAUUCAGAGCUGUGAGAUAUAAACUUGCUAUUGUGAGAAAAAAAAUUAGCUUUCCUAUUUUUAAUUCCAUGGCGGAAAAAACAAAAACAAAUUGUGAGAUGGAAAAUCUGAAUUGUGAGAGAAAAGGUCAAAAUUC